ACCGCCGAGGAAUAUAAUUUGGAAGCUUUAGCUUACGGCCUGUUGGAUCAACAGUUGUAUAUUCCUAGUAAAAUAUCUACAUCGACCGAUCCUACACUGAGUGUAUCGACCUUUUCGAGUUUAUCACUGUCCCGUUCGCCCGUUUGAUUCGUCGCUCAAUCAUGCUCGUGCAUAUAAAGAGCAGACAGUUAAUUGGAAUCGUCAGUGCUAUCAGACACCAUACUUAAGUUGUCGACUGGUAAGCUUGUGAUUACACGAGAAUUUCGUGUGAAAUUUGAGUGUGAAAUUUUUAUCUCAAAGAUGAAGGAAGACACGCAAGCGACAAUGAAACUGCCUAUCUCUCUGGAUUUGCCAAAAGAAGAAUUGGAGGAAUUAGUAGACAAAGCGAAGGAUUGGGCGCUCAUGAAUGGAAUGUGCUUGAGAUCGAAAAAAAAUUUCGACAGAGAUGUUUUGCAAUUCGCGCCGUUCACGCUUUUCCCGUCGCCAUUCCCCCGAGAGGAGUUUCAUAACGCCUGUAAUAUCCAGAUCAUUUUGAAUGUACUCAUACAUAGAGUAGCUCACGAUUACGAUUUUUUAAAAGAUACUUUGCAAGAGACUGUAAAGGUGGAUGACUUUACUAAAAACUUGUUCAAUAUCUAUGAGAUUAUUCGCAAGGAAGGGACCGCACAGAAAAUAUCCCUUGGCAUGCUACGCUCAGAUCUUAUGUUGGACACAAGUUGUCCCAAGAAAGACACUAAAAGGCUCAAGUCUCACUGUUGCUGGAAGCAAGUUGAGAUAAAUACAAUUGCAUCUGGAUUUGGUUGGCUAGGACCCGCGUCUACGCAACUACAUAAGUUUGUCUUGCAAGAGCUCGGCUACACGGCCGAGCUGAAAAAUCUUCCUGAAAAUAAUGCUCUACAAGCACUGUGUUCGGGUUUGACAGAAGCGUGGAAUCUAUACGGCGACUCACAAGCAGUUAUUUUAUUUGUUAUCGAAGAUAUUACGUACAAUAUUUGCGAUCAACGUUUUCACGAGUAUGAAAUACGAAAGCAGAAUCCGAAUAUAAAAGUAAUUCGUAGAAAUCUGACGCAAUUAGCGGCCACUGCGAGACUGGGCUCCAAUAUGGAGCUAAUGGUGAACAAUUAUGUCGUGGCGGUAGUUUACUAUAGAUGCGGCUACGAGCCCGGUCAGUAUCACACUCAAAAAGAAUGGGACGCGAGGUUGCUGAUCGAGAGGUCAUUAGCAAUCAAAUGCCCGAGUAUUCAAUAUCACUUGGCCGGCACGAAGAAGGUUCAACAAACUCUCGCAAAGCCCGGCAUGGUUGCACGUUUCUUAAAGGAUGAGAAGACGGCGGCGAAAGUCAAAGAAGUAUUCACUGGUCUUUAUCCUCUGGACUUUGACAAAUAUGGGGACGCCGCUGUAGAAAUGGGUAUCUCGAAUCCUCAGCGUUUCGUGUUGAAACCACAGAGAGAAGGCGGUUGUAAUAACUUGUACGGGACAGAUAUCAAGGAUUUUCUGGAAUCUGUGAAAUCUAAAGAAACUCGAGUAGCUUGGAUUCUUAUGGAUCGGAUUUAUCCACCGGUGCACAGAAAUUAUGUUGUGAAAUAUGGAAACGGAUAUAUGAAUUUAGAGACGAAAGAGCUAGUCUCGGAGUUAGGCAUAUUCGGCGUUAUCAUUGGAGACGAUAAGAAUAUUAUACUGAACAAACAAGCUGGUCACAUGUUGAGAACUAAAUUAUCCACUGAUAAUGAAGGCGGUGUAGCGAGCGGUCUAGGUGCUUGCGACAGCCCGUUUUUAAUCGACUGAUGCAUAAAAUGAAUUGAAUUGCAAAAAUUAUACUCGUUAUGCAGCUACGUUACGUCAUUCCUUUUUUAAAGCAAUACACUGUCUUCUAUCAUAAAUCUGAAAUUUGUAUGAAUUGAAAUUUUAUACGUUUUAUACAUUUUAUACAUUUAUAAGUACA